UCGCAACAGCAGCGCCGAGCUUGCCAAGCCGCGAGGGAGAGCGAAAGGGGCGCAAAGACGUGUACGCGCGAGCGCGAGAAAGAGGGAAAUAGCGGGACCGAGCGGCGGCGAGGGCACGAAGAGAGAGAUACUUCACUCGGGUGGUCUUGCGCCGCGUCUGCUUCGUCUCGCAUCGCAACCCCCGGCACGGGAGCUGCAAGCUGCUUUCUUUCCACCUAAACUUUCGUCAACUGACCGCAAGCUCUCACAGCAGUAAUUGUCGCGACGUCGUACUAUUCGAGACUAGUCUGAGUCACAGCUAGCCAAGAUGGGCAAGGAGAAGAUCCACAUAAACAUCGUGGUGAUCGGUCACGUCGAUUCCGGCAAGUCGACGACGACCGGCCACCUGAUCUACAAAUGCGGCGGCAUCGACAAGCGUACCAUCGAAAAAUUCGAGAAAGAAGCCCAGGAGAUGGGCAAAGGCAGCUUCAAGUACGCCUGGGUACUGGACAAGCUGAAAGCCGAGCGUGAGCGCGGCAUCACCAUCGACAUCGCCCUCUGGAAGUUCGAGACGGCCAAGUACUACGUGACCAUCAUCGACGCGCCCGGACAUCGGGACUUCAUCAAGAACAUGAUAACCGGCACGAGUCAGGCCGACUGUGCCGUUCUCAUCGUCGCUGCUGGAAUCGGUGAGUUCGAGGCCGGCAUCUCGAAGAACGGGCAGACGCGCGAGCACGCGCUGCUGGCCUUCACCUUGGGCGUCAAGCAGCUGAUCGUCGGCGUCAACAAGAUGGACAUGACCGAGCCCCCCUACUCGGAGGCGCGAUUCGAGGAGAUCAAGAAGGAGGUGUCGUCGUACAUCAAGAAGAUCGGUUACAAUACCGCCUCGGUGGCCUUCGUACCGAUCUCCGGCUGGCACGGGGACAACAUGCUCGAGCCGUCGCCCAAGACCGCCUGGUACAAGGGCUGGAAGGUCGAGCGCAAGGAUGGAAAUGCCGAUGGAAAGACGCUCAUCGAGGCUCUGGACGCUAUCUUGCCGCCGUCGCGGCCAACUGAUAAGCCGCUGCGUCUGCCGCUGCAGGACGUCUACAAGAUCGGCGGAAUCGGCACUGUACCGGUGGGUCGAGUCGAGACCGGCAUCCUGAAGCCGGGCAUGGUGGUGACCUUCGCCCCGGCAGCCCUGACCACCGAGGUCAAGUCCGUGGAGAUGCACCACGAGGCUCUGACCGAAGCUCUUCCCGGCGACAACGUCGGCUUCAACGUCAAGAACAUCUCGGUCAAGGAGUUGCGCCGUGGCUACGUAGCCGGCGACUCGAAGAACCAGCCGCCUCGCGGUGCCCAGGACUUCACCGCUCAGGUCAUCGUCCUCAAUCAUCCGGGACAGAUCAGCAACGGGUACACGCCUGUGCUCGACUGUCACACAGCUCACAUAGCUUGCAAGUUCGCCGAGAUCAAGGAGAAGUGCGACCGUCGUACAGGUAAAACAACGGAGGAGAAUCCGAAGAGCGUGAAGACAGGAGACGCGGCCAUAGUGCUGCUGCAGCCGACGAAGCCCAUGUGCGUCGAGGCUUUCCAGGAGUUUCCGCCGCUCGGCAGAUUCGCCGUGCGCGACAUGCGGCAGACCGUCGCUGUGGGGGUCAUCAAGAGCGUGAAUUUCAAAGAUCUCCAGGGCAAGGUAACAAAGGCCGCGGAGAAGGCCCAGAAGAAAAAGUAACCAUCAAGCUUCCUCGGAAGCCCAGAGCGUCGCCGCGAGUUCGCUCCUUUUCCUUCUCAGCCGAGCCGUAAUCGUCACCAGCAGUCGUCAUCGUCAGCCAUCUCGGCGAACAUCAGCGAUCGUCAAGCGCACCAGCCGCGUCAUCAUCAUCAUCAUCAACAACAUCAACAUCAACAUCAACCUCAACAUCAACAUCAGCAUCAACAACAGCAUCAUCAUCAGCCGACAGAUCCACGUUGCUGUCAGCCAGCCUCGACUUGCGGGCUGUCCUCCAAAUCGUCAGCUCGCACCUGCUCCUCGGGGCCGUACCUACCGGUCAUCCUGCACUACCCGGUCGUCCUGAACCCGCGCAUCUACCCUCACCUCCACAUCCAGUUCACUCACGCCCCUCGCACGCCACACAUAUGCUAGGCCAAGCCCGAGCACCGCCAGCCCGCGCAGCAGUAGUGUGUGUAUGCCAGCGCGUACUCGACUUACUCCACGAGUCGCGUGUAUACGUAUACCUUAUUCGCGAGUCGCUGUCAUCCUCGACGCGCCCUGUAAGUCUGUUACGGAGAUUUGAUUUGAUGGAAUUGAGAGAGAGAGAGAGAGAGAAGAACCGCUGCUGUUGGCGUCUGCUGGAACAUCGGUGCGGCGAGAUACGCAACACUCCUCUUCGUCGCGGCGUUCUGCGAUGCCCGGGAAGAAAACGGGACGUGUAUCGUCGUCGUGCUUGCAAGCUUUUUUGUCCGAGUCGGAAUUUUAUCAUCAGCUGCAGGAGAAAAUCCUUGAAAAAACGUUGAUGCUAUAGCUGUAUUAUGCCUACUGUACCGUUAUAAUCUUGGCGCGCUGCCCUCCUCCGAGAAUUCAGCUCUCGAGCAAACUUAAAAAAAGAAACGUCACUCCCAUCGGCUUCUCUCUUUAUAGCCUCGGAAAUUAUCGGAAAUCGCGGAAGCGCGAGGCAAGAUUUUUCGCGCUCACGAGCGUGAACCGACGCGAUAAUCUCAUAAGCGACGACGACGACGACGAAGAGGAGGGAUGUAUUGUGAGAGAAAAAAUAAAAACGAUGGAAAGAUCGCAAGGUGAGAGACAGAACAGAGAGUAUAAUGCGCGCGGAUAUGGUAGGACAACAGCGUAUAUAGCAAGUCCCCUCGAACUGUAUACUCCGGCGUAGUUAGGUUUUUCAAUUGAUCACCGGGAGAGACGAGGAAAAUCGAGUUUGAACAAAAAACAAAUUAUUAUUCGACACGAGAGUGAGAGGAAGCGAGAAGAACGAGAGACGUUUCCGGAAGCUUCGAGGGGAUCCGUUGACGAGCGAGAUGUAUCCGUAGUAGUAGUAGGUUUUUAUCGAAGUUCGUUUACCUUUUGUAUACGAGAUUUUUUAUGGAUGCGGGCUAUUUUGAUAUUCGAAGAGAAAAUUUUCUUAACUCAAAUUCGUGAUAUAUUAGAUUGUGUAUAAUUGAUUCGAGGACGCGCAUAUGUGACGACGGUAUUUUUAAAAAGUAACGUCGGAUUUUAUUGAUUUUUGUAAUUUUAUAUGAAAAGCGCACAUUUUGCACUCUUUUUAUAUAUCAUGUGUCCAAAAAACGGAAAAAAAAUAAUGAGACGUUUGAAAGUAAGUUUGAAAAUUACUCGAUUGUUGAUUAGGUAUACCGGGGAUCCUCGAAAGCUCCCGGAAAACAAUCGCCUCUAUCGCAGGAUUCCUCAAGGCAAGGAUUCAAAAGUACAUUUAUUCAAAGUCACUCGAAUCGAUUGUGAAUUAUACCGUUCAAAUAUACUAUCAUUGAUACUAUUAUUACUAUAUUAUUGUACUAGCGAACAUUAUUUAUACGAUUACUAGUCUUAUUGUUACAAUUGUAUACUUAUUAUUACACUCUAUUUGUUAUAAAAAAAAAAGAUGGAAAAAGUAUCCCUCGUAGAUGCGCAACUUGCAACGACGGACGUACUCGCAAAAGAUGAUCAUCCAUUUUUAGCGAUCAUAUACAUUAUACCAGUAAACGAUAACCAUGACGAUAUGAUAAUCUCGGGAUCCGAGAACACACAAGCUCUGAGGUGGUUGACUCGGACGGACUCGGAUGAUGAUUACUCAUUAUGCACGAUGGAGAAAAAAGAGAGAGAGCUGUAAUACGCGAUCGACUCAACGAUGAAAAAAAAAACAAACAAAAUAAUAAUCGGGGAUCGUAACGGGCCUUGUAACUCCCAAGUCGCCAUCCCUCGCUCCUCGCCCCCAAGGACCCCAAGUGUCACGUAUUAUUAUAUAUAUAUAUAUAUGUAUAUAUAUAUAUAUAAAAAAACAUUGUAGGCGCGUUCUGCGAAUUGCGUUUACCCGCAUUCCCCUCAUAGCCAGUAUUAUGUUGGUGUAAUAAAAGAAAAGAAAAAACGAAUUUUAAUUGCCACCAUAUUCGUAAAGUUAUUGAUACAAUAAUACUUAUAUCCUGCGUUUGCAGCAGCAGUAGAGAGCAUCUAUAUAUUGUCCUGUUAUUUACUGUUUAAUUUUGCCUCUAGAUUCGUGUAAGGCUUGAUUAUAAAUUAUUAUAACCUUCUUUUUCUUAUUGUAUCGUUGAUCGUUGCGAACUUUAGUGUUCUGUUAUUUAUUUAUGUUUUUUUAAUUUCUAUACUUGAAUAAAGUUAGUGAUGGAUUCAAUUCGAUUUGGUUCUUGCCUUAUGUUAAUAGUUUUCAAUCUAUAGAUUCGUUCUUGAGGUACUGAGUACGUAUCGUUUACCAAUGUCUCGACGUGUCGAUACACAUCAAGCGCCACUGGAAUAAGGAAAUAAAGAUUCGGUGUACGGUAAA